AUGGGUAAUCUUGAUUACUCUGAAUCAAUUUUUAAUGGCAUAGAAAAUCCUAAUACUUUCAUGUAUAACGCCAUGAUAAAGGGUUUUUCAGGUAGCCAAAAACCUGAAAAAUCAAUUGGGUUUUUCUAUAAAAUGUUGGAGAAUGGAGUCAAGACUGAUAAAUUCACAUACCCAUUUGUUUUCAAGGCCUGUACUCUUCUUUCUGCAAUUGAAGAAGGGAAGCAAAUUCAUGGGAGGACUGUUAAGAGUGGGUUGAAUUCGGAUGUUUAUGUGCAAAACAGUUUGAUGCAUUUUUAUGCCAAUGGAGAGAAUUUAGGUGAUGCUUGUAAAGUGUUUGAUACGGGCUCGGGCUUGAAUGUUAGCUCUUGGAACACCAUGGUUUCUGGUUAUUUGAAAUUUGAUGAAAUCGAAUCUGCUCGUCAGUUGUUUGAUGAAAUGCUCGAGAGGGACGUGGUAUCAUGGAAUUGCAUGAUGGAUGGUUAUGUAAAAAUUGGCGACAUGGGUCAUGCAUGUCGAUUGUUUAAUGACAUGCCUAAGAGAAAUGUGGUCUCAUGGAGUACCAUGAUAUCGGGUUAUGUCCAAAAUUCGGACUAUAAAGAGGCACUGAAUCUCUUUAGGAGAAUGCAAAUCGAGAGAGUGAACCCAAACAGGAUCACAUUGGUCAGUGUUCUUCCUGCAAUUGGUCAUAUCGGUGCUCUAUGUCAAGGCGAAUGGGUACAUGGCUACAUUGACAAACAUAACAUGGAGUUGGAUUGUGUUUUGGGUUCGGCUCUUGCCGAUAUGUACUCUAGAUGUGGAAAGAUUAGAGAUGCCCUGUGUAUAUAUGAGCGUAUAGUACAUGUAUCGAAUUGCAUCACAUGGAAUGCCAUGAUUCAAGGACUGGCCAUGCAUGGGCAAGGCAUAGAUGCUCUUAAAGCAUUUUCACGCAUGCAGAGCUUAGGCAUAGCCCCUGACCAUGACACAUUUGUCGGUGUUUUGAGUGCUUGCAACCAUGCUGGUCUUGUCGAAGAGGGCCUUAAAUACUUUAGCCUUAUGAAAGAGAAGUAUAAUGUGAUGCCUGGUAUCAAGCAUUAUGGAUGUCUCAUUGAUCUCUUAGGUCGAGCUGGUCGUUUCGACGAGGCAUUGGAUGUCAUACAUAACAUGCCUAUGGAUGCUGAUGCUGUCAUAUGGGGUUCGUUACUCGGGUCUUGUAGAAAUAAUCACAACAUCGAGCUUGGUGAAUAUGCAGCAAAGAAAUCAAUGGAAUUGGACCCAAAGGACAGUGGAUUUUACGUGCUUUUAUCGAAUAUGUAUGCUGAUGCUGGUCGAUGGGGAGAUGUCGAGAGAGUGAGGAAAGACAUGAAUAAAAGGAGAGUUAAGAAAAUGCCGGGGUGUAGCUCUGUCGAAUUGAAUGGUGUGGUUCACGAAUUCACUAUCAAAGGAAGCUCUCACCAUCCUCAAAAGGAAGACAUUGCUAAUAUGUUGGAUGAGAUUGAAGGGAGGUUAAGAUCAGUUGGGUACGUACCACAAACAAGUGAAGUUUUGCUAAACAUGAAAGAGGAAGAGAAGGAGGCGGCACUGUAUCGACAUAGUGAGAGGGUGGCAUUGGCGUUUGCACUCAUUAGCACCGGACCAGGAACUCCAAUUCGAAUCGUGAAGAACCUUCGAGUAUGCGAAGAUUGUCACUGGGUAUUGAAACUUGUAUCAAGCCUUUAUGAGAGAGAGAUUCUUGUGAGAGAUCAGAACCGUUUUCAUUGUUUCAAGAAUGGAUCUUGUUCAUGCCUAGAUUAUUGGUAA